AUGGCUCCGAAACGUAAUGCACAAUCAACUCCAGCGGAGAUCUCUCUCGCCCACCUCAAGAACUGCCUGGUCAACCUCCCCGCAUCACUGGUCACGCUUCUAGUCAAUGUCAACACUCCCGCUCAAAAUGUCGUCGUCGAACUCACAUACCGACCUUCUUCCGCAAACGCUUCCGGCGCCAGCGCAACACAACAACAUUCUGUCUUCGUUGGGUGGACUGGUAUGCCCAGUAAGCGCAAGGUUGCACCUAUCGUCGGACGCGAUGGAAUCAAUGGCGGGAGAAGUGGUGGCUCAUUACGCGAUCAAGAAGUUCCUCAAGUCGAGAUCGAUGCCACGCUCGCAAAUACCCUUGGGCUAUCGGAUGGACAGAAGGUGACGGCCUCAAUACACGUCGAUCCCCCUGUUGCACACACCAUCAACAUUGAACCCAUUACACCGGAAGACUGGGAGAUGAUUGAACUUCACGCGACGUUCCUCGAGCUCAAUCUUCUAUCCCAAGUCAGAGCAUUGCCGAACCCCGCCUUCACUUCAAGCUCAGGGACUCUAGUCGCGCCGCAUGCUUUAACGCUGCAUCUGUCGCCAACGUCGACAGCAAACAUUAAAGUCGUUUCUCUUGAUCCUGUACCGGCAGCCAAUUUUCCGUUUGCCAAGAUUUCGCCCGAUGCCGAGGUCAUCGUUGCGCCGAAGACCCGCGCAAAAGCAUCACAUUCGCUGGGAGAGAACCGCAGUGUAGCCAGUACCUCAAAAUCUAAAAGAAGUGGUGCAAGCACAGUUCGACGGCGAAGCGCGCGGGAGGAACGCAAGCUUGCAAUGUGCCUCAGAGGUGUGGACCAAACAGCGUGUCGGGACUGGUUCGAUGAAGACAUCACCAGUCAAGACUUCAGCGUGUGGGUAGACCGCGACAUUCUAUACACCAAGGACUUCAGGGGUGUGAACUAUGUCUCAGUCAGUAUCUUGCGGCCUACCCCACAGCCAAGUACCAAUCCCCAGAAGCCGCAGCAAGACGCUGAAGCGGCGUCAACCUCCAAAGCGGCAAACAAGGUUAUUGCUCAUUUACGGGCAUGGGAUGACCCUCCUGAUAGCAAGACGAUUGCACUAUCCUCACCACUCUCUGCAACGUUGGGCUUUACUGGUGCUGUCGGCGGUAUUGUAAAAAUCGAGCCGGCGCCACAGCAAUGGCCGCUUGAUGCUGUGCAGAAACUAAUUGUCCAUCCUUUUGCGGCAUCUAAGAAGUCGCCAGAGGGGUUGAAGUUUGGCGGAGAAUCCAAAGCUGGAAAGGAGGAGGCCUCGAAGCAGUUCAAGCAUAUGUAUGGGGCUCGUAAAGAUGCUACAUCAAUUCUCAGUGGACCCCUUACGGAUGGAUCAGUAAUUGGUCUUUACGAAGGACUUGAAGCUCCUCAGGGUUGGGAGGGAGGUAUCAUCAAAUUUGAUCCAACCGCAAUGAACAGCGACCCGUUGAGAUCGUCGACAAAAUGGGUCCUGGGUUUGAGUGAUAAAAUUACCGUUGAGUUUCGGGACCCAGUUCCUCGACCUUCGUGGAUGAACGACGACAGUAUUGCCGAGUUACACUCCUCUUUCGAUGGUCAACUUGUGGGCAUCGACAAACUCCUACAAGAUCUACGAAGCCAUCUCUCUCACCUUUCUUCAACUCUACUCACAGGCGCCCUGGGCUCGGGCAAAACUGCUGUCGCCAAGUCUCUAGCUCACGAACUUGGCAAAGACCUACUCUUUCACACCACUUACUUCCCCUGCCGUAAACUUGUUAAUGAUGAAACAAGGAUUGCGACUAUCAAGGAUACUUUGCAUCAGGUGUUCAUGUCUGCCAGCUGGGGUGCCAGAUUAGGCGGCAAGGCACUGGUUGUUUUGGAUGACUUGGAUAAGCUGUGUCCCGUGGAAACAGAACUACAAGUUGGCAACGACAAUGGAAGAAGUCGCCAAAUCAGUGAGAUUAUAUGCUCUAUCGUCCGCCAAUAUUGCAAUGCGGAGUCUGGCGUAGUAUUAUUAGCAACAUCAGAAGGCAAAGACUCGCUGAAUAACGUCGUCAUUGGAGGUCAUGUUGUUCGCGAGAUCAUUGAUCUGAAGGCCCCUAAUAAGGAAGCCAGACGAAAGGUCAUGGAGUCCAUCGUAAGGCAAGAUGCGGUAGGUCCAGAGGAGGCCCGACAAGCGUCUCACAACGGCAGCCGCCCGCCCACGGCCGAUGGUAGCACUGUUGGAGAAGAUAGUGCGUGGAUGGAUGCCGGCAGCCAAGGCAGUCGAGAGAAUCGCAAAGGCACAGGAGGAGGCUUUGUUUUGGAUCCUGAUCUAGACUUUCUUGACGUCGCCGGGCUUACGGAUGGAUAUAUGCCAGGAGAUAUUAGCUUGCUUGUCGCAAGAGCUCGCAACGAGGCAAUCAUCAGAUCAGUCAGUGAGGAAAGUGACGGAAGCGCAGUCACCCUGGGCCGAGUUGACUUUGACAACGCCCUUAAAGGUUUUACCCCUGCAUCGCUACGAAAUGUCUCGCUGCAAAGCUCGACCACCACGUUCAGCUCCAUCGGCGGUCUGACAGAGACACGUCAGGUUCUACUAGAAACCCUGCAGUAUCCGACCAAGUAUGCGCCUAUCUUCGAGCAAUGCCCACUUCGGUUGCGGUCCGGUUUAUUAUUAUACGGAUACCCAGGCUGUGGCAAAACUCUACUUGCGAGCGCUGUCGCUGGAGAGUGUGGCCUCAACUUUAUCAGCGUCAAGGGACCAGAGAUUCUCAACAAGUAUAUCGGUGCAUCGGAAAAGAGCGUCCGCGAUCUCUUUGAGCGCGCAUCCGCUGCGAAGCCCUGCGUCUUAUUCUUUGAUGAGUUCGACUCAAUUGCGCCGAAGCGUGGGCACGAUUCCACCGGUGUGACGGAUCGUGUUGUGAACCAACUUCUAACUCAGAUGGACGGUGCCGAAGGCCUUUCUGGAGUGUAUGUACUCGCAGCGACAUCCAGGCCAGAUCUUAUCGAUCCUGCGCUUCUUCGUCCAGGCCGCUUGGACAAGUCUCUGCUUUGCGACAUGCCGACAUUGGAGGAUCGUGUCGACAUUUUGAAGUCUCUUUCGAGUAAGGUCAAGUUGAGCGAGGAGUUGACAGAGUCGGACGAUGCCUGGACAGAGAUCGCCAGACGAACAGAAGGAUUUUCGGGUGCUGACCUCCAGGCGCUCGUUUCGAACUCCCAGCUUGAAGCUAUUCACGACGUGUUGGACGAUGUCGACCAUAAUCCAACAACCAACGGCAAGGUCAACGGAAAGUCGACUGCCUCUCAUGGCUCGAUCCCUAGUUUUGUGCAGUUUCGCUACGGCCAAGAUGCUACACCGGCAACCAAGGCAGUCAGUCGUUCAGCAGAGCUGGUGGAGAACAAUGCAAUUCUUGCAAAGUUGGAAAGCAUCAAACAAGCUCGAAAGAGGGUCAAGCAUGCCCAGCGUCCUGAUAACGAAGCGAAGCCGGUGAAUGACAAGGAGGUCGUAGUGAAACUAGAACAUUUAAUGAAGGCCCUGGAGAGCACCAGGUCCAGUAUCAGCACGCAGGAGCGCGCCAGACUGCAAAGGAUUUACAGGGAAUUUGUUGUCGGGCGAAGCGGUGAGAUGAGGGACGGCCAAGGAAGCAUGGAAAUUGGUGGGCGAAGCAGCCUCAUGUAA